AUGGAGCCAGGUCUGGCGCGGCGUCUGUGGCACGUGGUGCUGGCCGUGUGCCACAUGCUGCGGCGCGGCCUGUCCCCAAAGCGCAUCAUGAUGGACGGGCUCUUCUUCCCCUUCAAGGGCCGCGGCGGUGGCGGCCGGGCGCGCGGCGAGCAGUACGGCGGCCUCGACGCGGCGGCCGUGGCGCGCGCGUUCGAGAUGCUCAGCGCCGAGGUGGACGCCGGGGGCGGCACCCCCGCGGUCGCGCCGUCGCCCAUGGUGGCCACCGCGACGCCGUCGCCCAUGGUGGCGUGGAUCCUGGGCCGCAGCCCCGCCGGGGUCCGCCCGCUGCGCGUCACCGACUCGCCGUUCCCGGCCGUGCCCGAGGACGGGUGCUCCAACGAGCGUGUGGACGCCGAGGCCGACGACUUCAUACGGAAGUUCUACGAGCAGCUCAGGCUGCAGCCGACCGCCGCCACGCCGGACGCCUACCAGCGCCGCCGCGGUUAG